AUAAAAAUAUUUCAAUUUUUUACAUAAAAAUGGGAUUAUUUCUGCAUUUAAAAACCCUCCCCUCCAUGCUAUUAUGUUGUCACUUCCCUCUUUACACAAAAAUCUAACACCCCAAAGAAAAAAGUGCAAGUAAAAUGGUCAAAUUGGUAACUACAUUCAAGUAUGCUCUAUUAAGCUUACUAUAUCUUUAUUCUCAUAACUGGUUGCAUGUCAUGGCACAAUCGCCAAAGGCUGGUUCAACCAGGUUCUACGACUUUAAGGUCCAGCUUCUUGAAGUCAACAAGCUUUGUAACACCAGAAACAUCGUAACCAUUAACCAGAAAUAUCCCGGACCAGUUGUUUACGCCCAAGAAGAUGACCGAGUCAUCGUUAAACUCACCAACGAGUCACCCUACAACGCCACAAUUCACUGGCAUGGUGUUAGACAGAUAUUGUCAUGCUGGUCAGACGGUCCUUCUUACAUUACUCAGUGCCCGGUUCAACCCGGUCAAAGUUUCACGUACAAUUUUACUUUAGCGGGACAAAAAGGGACACUAUUCUGGCAUGCCCAUUUUUCAUGGCUUAGAGCUACUGUUUAUGGUGCACUUAUCGUCUACCCGAAAAAAGGCGUUCCCUAUCCUUUUAAACAACCUUAUGAAGAGCAUAUUGUAAUCUUAGGAGAGUAUUGGCAGCAAGAUCUUGUGCAGCUUGAAAAAACUGUUAUGGCUAGCGGUACAGCCGCUCCUAUAGCAGACGCUUAUACCAUCAACGGUCAUCCAGGCCCUAAAUACAACUGCUCGGCAAACGAUGUGUACAAGAUUGAUGUUCUACCAGGAAAAACCUACAUGUUACGGCUAAUCGGCGCGCUUUUAAACAUGGAAAGCUUCUUUUCGAUUGCUAAUCACAAGCUAACAAUAGUUGAAGCCGAUGGGGAGUACACAAAACCGUUCACUACCGACCAAGUCAUGCUCGGACCUGGUCAAACGCUAAACGUCCUAGUCACGGCUGAUCAACCGAUAGGACGAUACUCCAUGGCUAUGGGCCCGUACAUGUCGGCCCAACACGUUGCAUUUCAAAACAUAACAUCAAUAGCAUACUUUCAAUAUCUAGGUGCUACACAAAAUAGUGUGGUUUUACCGGCUUCUUUGCUACCUCGGUUUAAUGAUAAUCUCGCUGUUAAAACCGUUAUGGACGGGUUAAAAAGCCUUGAAACGGGUAAUGUCCCGAAAGAAAUAGACACGAAUCUUUUCUUUACUGUCGGUAUGAAUGUUAACAAGUGUGGUUCGAGAACACCGAAACAGAACUGUCUAGGUGUUAACGGUGGUGUGAUGGCGGCUUCGAUGAACAACAAUAGUUUCAUUAGACCGGAUACUCCGAUCCUACAAGCGUAUUACGACCAUACUAACGGUCAUUUCACUGAGGAUUUCCCGGGGACUCCACUUAAGUUUUAUGAUUUUGUUAACGGUGCACCGAAUUCGCCUCCGAAUAACACGGGGUCCACGCAUGGGACUAGGACCAAGGUUCUUGAAUACGGGAGUCGUGUUCAACUCAUAUUGCAAGACACCGGGACCGUGACAACCGAAAACCACCCGAUUCAUCUUCACGGGUAUAGUUUCUAUGUCGUUGGGUAUGGUAGUGGGAAUUACAACCCGCAAACCGCAAGUUUUAACUUGGUGGACCCACCUUAUAUGAACACAAUCGGCGUGCCCGUUGGUGGAUGGGCUGCAAUCAGAUUCAUUGCCGAUAACCCAGGGGUUUGGAUUAUGCAUUGUCACCUGGAGCUGCAUUUUGAUUGGGGAUUGUCGGUUGCGUUUAUAGUGAAGAACGGGCAAGGUCCUACGGAAACGCUUCCAAACCCGCCACCAGAUAUGCCACGUUGUUAAUUAGGUGUUUCGGAUCGUAUUGGUGUAGAAUUGGACGGUUGUGAUUUUUUCUCAAGUAAAAGAUUUUUUUUAAACAAGUGUGCAUUAAGUAUGAUUUUAUUUCUAAUUGUGUGUAGACUGUAAAAGCAUAUGUUUCAGUGAAAUAAAGUUGGAAGUUUUAACA